AUGCCGGGCCACAGUGGAAUAUGGAGUACAGAUAACAUUCAAGAUGCGGCGCAUUCAGUUGGCCUGGGGACCUUGACGGACUCAGCGCUGGAGCACUUUGCAGGAGACGUAGAAUACCGGAUCAAACAAGUCGUAGAGAUGGCUAUCAAAUUCAUGAGGCAUGGCAAACGGACCACACUCACUACGCAGGACAUCUCGCAAGCCUUAAGAUCUCUUGAUGUAGAACCGCUAUAUGGAUAUGAAUCUACAAGACCACUGCGAUUUGGCGAAGCAUCCAUGGGACCUGGUCAGCCAUUGUACUACGUCGAGGAUGAAGAAGUUGAUUUUGAGAAGCUAAUUAAUGCGCCGUUGCCAAAAGUGCCGCGUGAGAUAUCAUUCACUGCGCAUUGGUUAGCUGUAGAAGGGGUCCAACCAUCGAUACCUCAAAAUCCCACGUCCGCAGACUCACGGCAUCAAGAUCUUCUGCCCAAAGGACCUGGUGCCAACCCACAUCUCGCCGCUAUCAAUGGUCACGACAACAUUACUGUCAAGCCCUUGGUCAAGCAUGUAUUGUCUUCAGAGGCGACCAAGUUUCACCAACGCAUAUGCAGCGCAUUACUUGAUGAGACUAAUGAAGAGUGGCGCAACUCAGCUCUCUCGUCUCUUCGAACAUCUCCUGGACUACAUCAACUGAUACCAUAUUUCAUCGAGUUUAUCGCAGACCAAGUCACGCAUCACAUGAAAGACCUUUUCGUUCUUACUCAGAUGAUGCACGCAACAGCAGCGCUGUUACAGAAUCCCAGUAUAUUUCUUGAUCCCUACAUCGCGUCUCUCGUACCGCCGGUCCUAACCUGCUUGAAUGGUAAGCGACUAGGACCAGCUUCAGCCUCUUCCAACUCUAUGCAGGACGGAGGCUCAGGGCAACCAUUAGCGCACUAUUCACUUCGAAGGCUUGCUGCCAGUAUCAUCACUGCCAUAGCGAAAAGAUACUCGGAAUCGUCUCACACUCUCAAACCGCGAAUCGCACGAGCAUGCCUCAAAGCUUUCUUGGACCCUAACAAGCCGCUCGGGACACAUUAUGGAGCGCUUGCUGGAUUACGGGGCGUCGCGGGUGCUGAGGCUGUGCGCUUGCUGAUACUGCCUAAUCUGAAACUUUACGAUACCAUUCUUAGGGAAGCUAUAGUGGACGAGUCACGCAAGGCGGACGCGGACAUGGUCACAGCCAUGAUCCUGAAAUGCCUCGAGGAUGUCGAGAAAUCAAGUUCAAUCAGCGCGGAUCCUGUCAACGGGGAGCUCGACUCUGAUGGAUUGAAAGAUAGACUUGUGGAGAAGGUUGGGGUUGUAGUGACUGAUAAGGUCAUCCAACUUCGGCGCAUGGGACUGGUAAAGGUGCUGCGAUAUCUAGUCUUUGAUGUUCUCGCCUCCCUUGGGCUGAUGAACAAACAUGCGAAGCUGCUUUUCCUUGGUCUCGACAACGCCGGAAAGACAACACUGUUGCACAUGCUGAAGAACGACCGCGUGGCGGUACUACAACCAACUCUUCACCCCACGAGUGAGGAACUGAGCAUCGGGAAUGUCAAGUUUACAACGUUCGAUCUUGGUGGUCAUCAGCAGGCGCGCCGCUUGUGGAAGGAUUACUUCCCCGAAGUUAGCGGAAUUGUUUUUCUUGUAGACGCCAAGGAUCAUGAGCGUCUCACUGAGGCCAAAGCUGAACUGGACGCCCUUUUGUCCAUGGAGGAGCUCAACACUACGCCGUUCGUGAUCCUCGGCAACAAGAUAGAUCAUCCGGACGCUGUCAGCGAGGACCAGCUCAGAUCUGUUCUUGGUCUAUACCAAACCACCGGAAAGGGCAAGAUUCCAUUGGAGGGCAUCCGGCCUAUUGAGGUCUUUAUGUGCUCCGUCGUAAUGAGACAAGGUUAUGGCGAUGGCAUCAGAUGGCUCAGCCAGUACGUCUAGGCAUGCAGAUAUGUUGGCGUGGGGACCGAUGGAAUGUGAUUCUGGACGUGUAAUGCAAGGAGGAAAGUGCUCUUGGCCAUCAAGAUACAGCGGGCGUUUGGAGGAGUUAUUGAUGACCUAGACUACCUAU